AAACUCGCGAUAGCUAUACCUUUGUCGCCAUCUCAAAUCGUUCUUUUCUGUCUCUUUUUACGCGUUUGCGGUCAUUCUGUAUCCACGUACUCAGCGUACACUCUGCGGACUGAGUGAAUGGCGGCACCUGUCUCUGACUCCUCGACCGCUCUCAUCUCGAAUGCGCUUGCAUCGGAUCUCGUUUACUGCGCAAAGUGCUUCUUGACGGCUGGGAAUGGAUCCAGCUUCUGGCUGACGAGCUGUGGUCAUAUUGUGUGUGAGCGGUGUUUGUUUCCGGAAGGAGUGCCAUUGGAUGCAGCAAAUCGAACGCACACAUGUACUUAUGAUCGAUGUCGCUCGGCGAACGUGAGCAUAGCACCUCUCGAUGAGCAGCUACCUCAAGAUCUCAUACCCUAUUUUCGACCUCUACACGAGCUCAUUGACGAGUUUACCGGCGCGGUCAAAUUCCAGCAUGGAAAUAUACUCCGACUAGUUGAGCAUUAUCGCGGGAAGAUGGCUAUGCAGAGGGAUAUAUUGGGGAAGGUGAAGGAUGAACUGGAGAAAGCACGGGAUUACAAGAGUCAGAUUGACACACUGCAAGCGGAGAACGAGAGGCUGCGAGGACAGUUGGCUUCUGGCACCGGGGGCGGGAUGGUCCAGGAGUACGUUGGUGAAGCGGGGUAUGAAACCGGACAGAAACGCAAGGCACCGGAGCAAAGCGGCCGUAGCAUGGGCGAAGCAUUUCGCUCCUCAAUCGCAAACAUGCCUCAACCACCACCCCACCACCUCACUCCUCCCCACCCAACACCCCAAUUCCGUCCACCUCAGCCAAUCGCCCGCAUAUCACCUCAACACGCCAUUCAAGCUCAACAACAAAUACACAGACCACAGUCAACAAACCAGUUCGUCUCGCCGAUGCGCCAUCAAAAUCAGCGACUAAGUCUGCGUCCCGGUACUACAUCAAGUUCACCCCUCUCGAAUGGAAGCGGAGGAAGAGGGGGUGUACCGCAUUUCAAGAGACCUCCGAUGCCGAUGCAGCGUCCACCUGGCUCAGCAGCCCCUCACUCAUCCUUCAAUAAUUACCAACAAGCAUUCCACGCUCCUCGCUCCCUCGAUCCUAGACCCAGCGAGCCAACUCGGGGAGGGGGCCAAGUCAGUCCUUUCUUCUCAGACAGUGGUAUGGGCAAUCCCACGCCAAUGAGACAUAGGAUUGGCGUUAGUAUGGGUGGCGGUGGUGGUGGUGGUGGUGGUGGGUUGAAUAGGCCUAGUACCACGAGUUUGAUCCGUGGAGGAACGGCUGGCGGUGUUGGUGUGAGAGGAUUUGGCCGACCUGGUGGUGGAGGGCAAAUAGCGGGUGGGGGUGGGUUUCUUGACGAGAUAGGAAGGGCGGGUGGAGGUAUGAGGAUGCCGCUGGGGAGGGGGAGGUGAGUGGUGGGGUCUGACAUGGUGGAUGAUUGAGUUACGUGAGGAAUGUGGAGAGGGAGGAUAUAUGCGUUUUUCGGGGUGAAGUUAAGAUAGCCUAUCGUUUGUAUGAUGUUGUUAUUUGUCGGAAGGACUGGCGUUUGUUAUUCUCAGAUUGUAUGAUUAGAGUUGUAUUGUGAAUCUUCAUACAGAAGAAAUCGAGGUCCUCGCGGCAUCUGCUGAGUGCGUGUGUGUAGGGUGCAAAUCCAAUGUUGCAGCAUCACUCCCUCCAACGUUACUCCCGCAGAUCGUUC